AUAUUAUAAGGCAUACAUUCCAAAUGUGCGCAUAUUCCGAUAAUGCUCAGUGCACAAGGCUGGGACUUAUCCUUACCCGUUAUCCUUACCCGAGGUGGAAGGGAACUAAGCCCCCUGGGAGCAACGUCACUCCCUUUGGCAUAUCAACCACUGUCCGCUGCAUGCGCCCAAACACACCACCACAGAGGACGUCAGGAUCGCACCCAUCCUCAACAGCGAAAUGCUUUGCGAACUGAAUGUAACUCCAGCAAUCCUCCCCGAUUCCGUGCGUUUCGGCGAGGAGACAUUUACAUGCUCCGGCAUACAAGCAGGCUAAAGAACUCCUCGGCGAAGUGGGAAGGUCAUUUGAAGUGGGAAGAGAGCGAUCGCGUCGGCUAUGGUCUGUGAUGAAGGAAACGGCACGAAGAGCCAACAUCUGUAACUUCGGGAUUUACUUGUAAAGGCGCUUUUUCUUUUUUUCAACGGGAAAUCGUGGGAUAUUCUGUGUAUAAACAUGCCUGUAAGAAGAGGUCACGUUGCGCCACAAAACACAUUCCUUGGAUUAAUUAUUCGGAAAUUCGAGGGUCAGAACCGCAAAUUCUUGAUAGCCAAUGCCAGGGUGGAGAACUGUGCAAUCAUAUACUGCAACGAUGGCUUUUGCGAGAUGACGGGCUUCUCGAGACCGGACAUCAUGCAGAAGCCAUGCACCUGUGACUUCCUCCACGGUGACCUGACCGACAAAGAGGCCAUCAGCCAGGUGUCCCAGGCUGUGCUCGGGUCCGAGGAGCGCAAGGUGGAGAUCACCUACUACCGGAAGGAUGGGUCCGACUUUCAGUGUACCACGCAUAUAAUCCCAGUGAAAAAUGAGGAGGGCGUGGUGAUGAUGUUUAUCUUAAAUUUUGAUUAUGUCGUGGAUGAGGAGAGUGACAACUCCACAGAGAAGAUAAGCCCAACAUCCCCUACAAAGUCAGACCAAAGGAGGAGUAGAUUCUUCCGCUUCCGCCAGGCUGCUUUGAGCUUAAUGAAUACCAACAAGCAAUCUCUUCCACAAGAGGACCCAGAUGCUGUGAUGGUGGACUCGCCCAAAGAGAAUGAGGACUCAGUAGCCCUGCAGAACUUCCCCUCACCCACCAAGAGCCUUUGCAGUCCCAUUGAGGCUAAUGACACGCAUGGCCUCAUUGGCUCAAGCCACCACUCUUCCCAGGCUAGCAUCGGUCCUGAACCACUUGACCAUUCAUCCCCUAAACUCCCCUGGGAGAAGCUGUACCAGACAGAGCAACACCAGACCUCUACCACCCUGUCAAACACCUUCCCCAGAGGCAGUAUCAACAGCAUGAGGCGAGCCUCAUCCGUCCAUGAAAUUGAAGGCUACUCCAAUUCCAAAAGCGCAUUCAGGGAUCGUCAUACAAAUGAAGGCCCUUUUAAUCACAUGAAGUCCAGCCUGCUUGGCUCUACCUCUGAUUCUAACAUCAACAAGUAUAGCACCAUCAGCAAGAUCCCUCUGAUUGCACUCAACUUCCAUGAGGGGACUGAUAAGAAGACUCACUCUCCACCAACAUCUGAGACAACCAUCAUAGCACCAAAGGUCAAAGACAGAACUCACAAUGUCACCGAAAAAGUCACACAGGUCCUGUCACUCGGAGCUGAUGUGCUGCCAGAGUACAAACUCCAGACAGCCCGCAUUGACAAGUUCACCAUCCUCCACUACAGCCCAUUCAAAGCUGUGUGGGACUGGCUGAUCCUGCUGUUGGUCAUCUACACGGCAAUCCUCACUCCCUACUCGGCUGCUUUUCUUCUCAAUGACCAAGGGGAGCAUAAGAGGCGUGAAUGUGGAUACUCCUGCAGCCCUCUUAAUGUAGUGGAUUUAAUUGUGGACAUCAUGUUCAUCAUUGACAUCCUCAUAAACUUCAGGACCACUUACGUGAACCAGAACGAGGAGGUGGUCAGUGAUCCAGCUAAGAUAGCAAUCCAUUACUUUAAAGGCUGGUUCCUUAUAGACAUGGUGGCGGCAAUCCCCUUUGACCUUCUUAUCUUUGGCUCAGGAUCAGAUGAGACCACCACUCUGAUUGGCCUGUUGAAGACAGCUAGGCUCCUGCGAUUGGUGCGUGUAGCCAGGAAGCUGGAUCGCUACUCUGAGUACGGUGCUGCAGUCCUCAUGCUGCUCAUGUGCAUCUUCGCCCUUAUUGCCCACUGGCUAGCUUGUAUAUGGUACGCCAUCGGCAAUGUGGAGAAGCCCUACUUGGAGCACAAGAUUGGCUGGCUGGACAAUCUGGGCGUGUCCAUAGGGAAGAGAUACAACUACAGCGAUCCUAGCUCGGGUCCCUCUAUCAAGGACAAGUAUGUCACAGCACUUUACUUCACCUUCAGCAGUCUGACCAGUGUCGGCUUUGGAAAUGUUUCCCCAAACACCAACUCAGAGAAGAUCUUUUCCAUCUGUGUCAUGUUGAUUGGAUCUCUCAUGUAUGCCAGUAUUUUUGGAAACGUCUCCGCCAUCAUCCAGAGGUUGUACUCCGGUACGGCCCGCUAUCAUGCUCAAAUGCUACGGGUGAAGGAGUUCAUACGCUUUCACCAGAUUCCCAACCCACUGAGGCAAAGGCUGGAGGAGUACUUCCAGCACUCGUGGACCUACACCAAUGGCAUCGACAUGAACACGGUAUUAAAAGGUUUUCCUGAGUGCCUGCAGGCGGAUAUCUGCCUUCACCUCAACCGGAAUCUUCUUCAAAACUGCAAAGCGUUCGAAGGAGCCACCAAAGGCUGCCUGAGGGCCUUGGCCAUGCACUUCAAAACCACUCAUGCCCCUCCUGGAGACACCCUGGUCCACAGCGGUGAUGUGCUCACCGCUCUCUACUUUCUGUCCCGUGGCUCUAUUGAGAUCCUGAAAGAUGACAUUGUGGUAGCCAUCCUGGGAAAAAAUGACAUCUUUGGAGAAAUGAUCCACCUCUCUGCCAAGCCUGGGAAGUCCAAUGCUGAUGUGCGAGCUCUGAGUUACUGUGACCUGAGCACCAUUCAGAGAGAAGAUCUGCUGGAGGUGAUAGACAUGUACCCAGAGUUUGCUGACUACUUCUUCAACAACCUGGAGCUUACCUUCAACCUCAGAGAUGAGUCUGCAAAGGUAGACGAUGAUGUAGACCUACAUGUGAAGCCUUCAAGUUCCCAAGAUUGUGAUUCAGAUGGUGAGGGCACUAAGAGCACUAAAAGAAGGAUCUCUUUCACACCAGAUGUAUCUAAAGGGGAAAACAAGGAAGUGGGGAGAGAUGUGGAGAGGGAGAGGGAGUCUAACUCGUGCCUAAAGAGAUCUACAGAAGUCCUGGGUACCUCUCCACUCAAUGCCGCAGUCCUGGACUCAAAUUUUGUUGUCAGAGACAACGUGGAGAGAAGACCAUCUUUUGAGGAUCUGUGCUGUGAUAAAUGGGCCUGUAAGAAGCCUACGGACUUCCUGGAUGAGUCAGCACAGUUCCAGGAGCUGAGAGAGGACGAUAAUUCAGCCAGCGAAAUCACGUAUGGAGAGGUGGAACAGCGCUUAGGUCAACUUCAAGAGCACUUGAACAGGCUUGAGUCUCAGCUGAUGUCAGAUAUUCACACCAUCCUGCAGCUGCUGCAAAGACAGCCGACACUGGGACCUCCAGCCUACAGCACUGUGACUGCCAGUCCGGACUAUCACAGACCUGCCGUGAAGGUCCAGCCAGUUGCUCUGACUACAAGCCAUUUCUUUAGCCAUACAGGAACUCAAGGCCCCAAUCUCAAACUGGAGAGGACCAUUCAGGAAUCCAAAGACUCCCUGUCGAGCUUGGCCAACAUGAAUGCACCCAUAGAGGACAGCCUUACAGCAUUGCUUGUACAAAGACAUACAGAGCCACAACAACAACAGCAGCAGCAACAACAACAGAUCACAGGGCAUCAACAAUCUGCAUUGAUCCUUCUUCCAACUGAAACCUCAUCCACCUCCUCCUCCUCUUCAUCCCCAUCCCCUUCUGACUCCAACCUCAACACCACUGGACUCCACAGACCUGUCUCAGACCCAGAGUUUCCAAGGCCAUAAACCUUACGUCUGCACAGUGUUCUAAUAUCUGGGUUGUAAUGCUGUAAUUACUAAGUAGCAGCUAUUUAUCAGCAUGUUGGCACAGACAUCUGUAUUGUUAAUUUGUAAUGGCUUGGUAAUAGAAGUAAGAUGUGUUUUUUUUCAUUAUGCAUGUGGAUAAAAUACUGUUUGCUGCAGUUAACAGUGUGUUAACAAACUGUUUUCUGCGGUUAUCAGUGUAAUAACAAUGGUUACAUAUUGUAACAGUAGUUCUAUCAAUACAGAAGCCCUCUGAUGGACUCUUUUAGCAUCAUCACUCAUCUUUACAGAUAGAUUCAUAUGCUCAAAAUGUACAUGCCCCAACCAAUCAGGAUGAACCUGUUCAACCACACAUGGAGUGUCCCUGUAGGAGAUUUCCUCAUUCACUAAGUCUACAGCUUCUUAACUAAAUUCUGCUUAAUCGGCAGGGAUGAUGGUUAAAGGGCUCCACCUGGUUGUGAUAACUAGCACUACAACACCUAACUUUCUGUCUCACCAAGGCUUUGUUCUCUAAUGGGCUCUAGUGGGCUCUGUACCUCUUCUUGUGACUCUGUUGCAACAUUUUAUGUCCCAGCACACAACUGGUCACACCAACAAUAGAGUCAGCGGUAAAGACCACCACAUCUGUCCUACUGUUUGCAAAUCUGGUCUCCGUACAUUACACUGUAACACAGGCACCUGUGCACCAGUCGACCUACAUUCAAAGCUUUAUUAAUGGACCCAGGCAGGAAAAAGUCCUGACAACUUUGUCCCUCCCUCCAUCAUUACUUGCUAAGCAAGAAGAGCUGACUGACCUACCUCACAAAUGACGGGCCCCAAUGUCCCGUACUCGAGGCAUCACUUCAUCACAACAUGUGGGUUUCUUCCUGGUGUUAGACUGGCUCCCGAACAUCCAGGCCCUACCCAUCACAGCUCACCAGUCUGUGCACCAGAUGGAGGAUGGAGAAACAAACCAGGAAGUGCAUGCACUGUAUGACUCAAGCCAACUGCUCCUCAACAUCCCCAGAUAAGGUACCUAUGGGUGCUGAGCGUGCUUGGCAAGGAUCCGGGGAGAGACCAAAAACACAGACUUACGGCAAAGACAGACACUAAGUCAAACAACUUUUCCUUGGUACUGAGCGAAGAGAAAGACGAAAGUAAGCAGAAAGCAAGGUAGAGGGGGCAUUAAAAGGCCACACACAUAGGUCACCCCACUGUACAUAAGAGAGCUGGGGCGUCCAGGAUAAACACUGCCAGGAGAAUUCCUGUCCAUCGACUAAUAUAAUUGUGAAAUGCGUUUUGCAUAGUUAACAGUGAUCAUUUCUUUGGACAGGAAUUUGCCACAACCCUGUCAAGCUUUUUCCCACCCUUCCAUGCCUGUAGUCAGCAAAGAGAAAGGUUAUCCCUCCAAAAAACGUGUCAACAGAGAGCAGCUACUGUACCACUCACUGCCAAAGUGGCCCUAGAGAACGGGCAAUGUAAUUAAUCACUCAGCUUCCUAUACUCCCGUGUAACAGCAAGUAGAGAUGGAGGCCACGUCUAAAGAUUGUAAAUGCUGCCACCAAGGCAGUCUGGCAGCUGGUGGACAAAUACAUGUUGUCCAGGCAUUUUGCAAGUGCAACCUGAGACUUGGAAGCAAGAAUGUGAGCCAAAGCAAAGAGCUCGUACUCCGUGUCCUCAUUUCCAUUGUGCAUGUAUGAAUACCUAAAGCAUUAGGAAAAUGAUGGGACAGUGGCUGAAAUCUUUGCAUAGCACCUGACUGUGAGACACUGACAACGCCAUAGGUGGAAACACAUUCUGUAAAUUUCCUCCACUGGGACAGAAGAUCUUGCCGGAUACUGACCACAUGGACAUCCUCAACAGUCACUGAUGAACCUAUAAAAGCCUGUUAGAGUAUAAAGCCUGAGAGCAAUACAUAUCCAGACUACCACAGGGACUGAGCCUGCAUAUAAAUUGAUUAUACAAACGAUUUCCUGCAGCUAGUGUUGUGUAAUACAGCAUUAUUACAAAGGUGUGAGAACAGUUUACUUAUCCUUAGUUGUAUGCCUGUUUUCUCUGAAGUGUGACUCAGGGGUUAUGGACAAUUGCACUGCAAUACACAGCACAGUAUCAAGUAUACUGUAGUUUUCUUCUUUAAACAAUGUGCAUUAUUACUGCGGUCACUGACUUGCACCUACUGUACAACAUUAAGCCAACAGAAGACACCAUACAUGCUUGUCCAGGCAUAUCAUAACAUGCAGAUUUAAUUCUGUUCUAAUUUAUUCUGCUGUUAUCCCAGAGCUAGGCCUCUGACAAACAAGUAUGAUGUAGGUAUUUCUACAAGGCAGUGCAUGCAUUAUAUAUAUGUGUGUGUGUGUAUAUAUAUAUAUAUAUAUACUGUUUUGCACUGCUUAUGAGUCCAAAGUAGCACAUUACAGUAUAAAAUGAUGUCAGCAUACUUGUUUCUUUUAGGAUGCACUGAGAGGGUGGGUUGGGGGAGGGAGGAUUGGGGAACACAUGGGAAGUUAGCACUUGCGCAUAAACAGGCCCCAGAGAGGGUCUUGUGCCUAUACAACCAAUCCAAAUGCUAAGUCAGCAUCUUCAUGUAUAACUGACAUAACAUCAACGAUUCAUAUCGUUUCCCCGUACUGUUUUUGUUGGCAAUGUAAAUUAAAGAUAAAAUGUUGUUAGACCAUUGUUAGAAAAUAAAUACAUCAUAUUGCCAGAUGUAAAAAAAAAAAAUGUAUUUUUUUUAACUGAGUAAAUUAUAUGAGAAAAUAUUUAGCAAAACAGUAGUACAUAUGUUUGAUUUGAAGCUGUGGGAGCAAUAAAUGAAAACACACUCA